CGCAGGCAUUUCCAGAACGUUAGAAGGGGGCAAGAACUGCCCGAAGGUUGAAGAAGCUAUUGGCAGCAGCAAAUGGAGGCAAAGAUCAGCAAUAAAUCAUUAUUAUUCAGACUCUGUUCUCUUCUCAUGGCAUCCCUAUUCGCCGUCUCUGCUUCCUCUCAACUCAAUGAUCCUGAUUGGUACUUCUGGUUUCCCCUGUACGCAUGUGGUUGCAUCGUGAAUUUGGUCAACGGACUGUCCAAAUUCCCCAAGAUGAGAUUGAGAAUAGUGGCUAAAUUCUCACUUUCGCUUGGGAUUUUCUUAUUCAUCAAACCGUCCAUCGAAGAUCUGGGAAAUGGAACGGGUGCUGGACUCUGGUCUUUGGACAUGCGGGAAAGAGUUGUCCGGGAAAAGCUUGGCAGCGGGCUAGUCGUCGCCUCCAUGUUUCUGAACUUGCAACUACCGUCUUCGAGACAUCUACCAAAAGGCCAAGAAACAAAAGUUGCAAAACUUACUGAACACGGAAUGCUCAUACUGGUUGGGAUUGGUUAUGGUCUGUCCCUUCUGUGCCAUCAGAAGGAGAUGAAGUUCUAAUCGAUGGAACCAUCAGCUUAGAUCCUCCCGUAAUUAACCAAUCCAACAUUUUGUAGGGUAUUUUUACACUCUGUAAAUAACAUGAUAACUUUUUUAUGCUUUACAACACCACCAAGUGAUGGUAUGAACUGAAGAAUCACUCGCUGUAUUCUUCACUCGCUACAAGCAACGUUCCUUCAAAUGUAGACUUUCUCGACUUUCGCA